CGUUCAUUUAUUCACUUCUACAAAGUUUCAGCAUGCCAUCAGAUGAUCGGUUUGCUGAUGCGGUGAAGCCAGCUUUAGAAGCCCUUCUAUCGGAUUUGCAACAUACAACCGAAGUGCUACGACGAGCGAAUGCCACAUCGCCACGCAAUAAUGCGGAUAUCGAGCCGAUCUAUCAGGAACAAACGAAACGUUCGCCACUGAAAGCACAUUCGCAAAAUACUGGAUUGGAUAGUGUUGAACAGCUGGUGAACAGCUAUUCAUUGGAACGACAACGAACACGUCGUCAAAGCUAUGAUGAUGUGGUGGGAGAUGGGACGACAAGUCGAAGUUUGCACGGAAGACCAUCGGUUCAUAGUCUGUUCAGUCAAUUGGAAAUCGACGAUCAAGGAGCUAAUAGUGUUUCGAAAAGAAGUCUUGGACCAAGUCAAGCACAUUCGUACAAUGAUGUGCGAGGCGGUCGAUCUCCAUCGCGGGAUUUGCUCCACGGCGAUUCCAUGAUUGGUACGAUGAACAGCGAUUAUAGUAGCAAACAUGGAAUUUCGACAAUUCCCAAGGGAGACUGUGCACAUUGUGGAAAACCAAUCGUUGGACAGGUAGUCAUUGCUCUGGGUAAAAUGUGGCAUCCUGAACAUUAUACAUGCUGUGAAUGUGGAUCAGAACUUGGGCAUAGAAAUUUCUUCGAGAGAAACGGACGUGCCUACUGCGAAGAAGACUACCAUAAUCAGUUCAGUCCAAGAUGUGCAGGUUGCAAUGGACCAAUCAAAGAUCGAUGUGUGACAGCCUUAGGAAGGAAUUAUCAUCUACAAUGCUUUACUUGUGUCGAAUGCGGUCGAGAAUUCGGUGAUGAUGGAUUCCAUGAGAAGGAUGGUCAAACUUAUUGUCGCCGUGAUUUCUUCCGACUUUUCGCACCGAAAUGCAAUGGCUGCCAAAAUCCGAUCACUAGCAACUUCAUCACAGCUCUUGGAACCCAUUGGCAUCCGGAGUGUUUUGUUUGCCAGAUGUGUGGAGCAUCAUUUGCCGGCGGUACAUUCUUCGAUGAUGGCGGUCAACCACUUUGUGAAACGCACUACCAUGAACGACGAGGCUCACUUUGUCACGAAUGUCGACAACCGAUUUCGGGUCGAUGUGUGACGGCCAUCGGACGUAAAUUCCAUCCAGAACACUUCCGAUGCUCGUAUUGUAACAAACAGCUUACAAAGGGCACUUUCAAGGAAGUGGAUCGACGCCCGUUUUGUCAUAAAUGCUAUGAUAAUACUUAUGCUUUGACAUAACUCGUUUUUGUUAUUUUACGUAUGUUGCGGUGACAACAUUACACCGUAAAGGUGCUUCCAAUUUUUCAGUACUGCAAAUAGUUGAAGUAUAUCCUAGGCAGCGUUCGGAGUUGAUUUUGUGUUGGGCUGUGCCAGUACCGUGUCAGCGCCGUGCUGGCGCCGUGCCGGAACUCACGUGGACGCGCCCCGUAAUGAUCGAUAGACGCUCCGGCACGGCGUUAUCAUGGCGCUGGGCAGUUCAACAUGCAGCCUUGAGGACAAAAAGAUUGUCGCAAAUCCAUUUUCAAAGAUAAAAUUGGUUUUCAAAUAGGGACCAGUUCUCGUCUCUAUGCAGGUGCAACUUUCUUAGCUUCUCUUUUUCAUAGCCAGCUUAGAGUCUUUUACUAUACUACCUUGAUUCUUUAUUGAAGUUUCUACUUUCCAUGCUCACAACAUAUUUUCCCUAAAUGUUUUGUUGUGCUUUUUUUUCCGCUCACCAUUUUCUCCACGUUAUAAGUUUCUUUGUUUUUUUUACUGAAUAGACUAUCAAUAUUCUAUGUUCAUCAUAUCCUUGUACUUAUACUGCGAACUGUGCAUUAACCGAACGAGUUGUGAAUUUGUCAAUUUACGCUAUUUUGUGCUCAUAUUGCUAAUUGGAAUGGUUUAGUUCUUAGUGGCGUCAUUCUCUUAUCCUUGGUUCAGUACUGCUAGCAUUAUAUCUGUUUUAAUUAAAAAUUUCGGUUAUUGUCGUGAGAAUGCAGUUUUAUCAGUUCA